GGAGAGUAGAGAAGCCGCUUGACUAAUCCGGAAGGAAGAUUAUUCGGGUUCGAGGAUUUGUAAAUUAUUGAAAACAAACUCGUCAUAGAAACCUAUAAUUCAAAGGCGGUGGGAAAUGUACGCUAUAAAUGAAGAGGACAGCUUUCUUCCCGCCAUUCUGAGCAACAACCCGACGAAACAACUCGCGCAAGUUCGAGGAUUUUACGAGCGCCAACGAGAGCGUAGUUUGACGCUCGACCGAAAUUUGGAAGACAUAAGAAUGGCGUAUUGCACAAGGCUUUGCGCGGAAAAGCAGCGACUUAGUAAGUCUUUGUGGGAGCUGGAGAUGCGGAAAAGAAGGUUGCUGCAUCAGGUCAUGGAGCCGCAAACAAAACGAACUUCAUCAUGGAAACGGAAGAGUGUAUCAGAGGCAAAAAAGCAACGCUUUAAACAAAAAGAAAAAGCAAAACGCAAAUCGGAAAGCAGGUUGAUUUCCCCGAAAGAUGAACACUCAAACAGGCAAGACGGGAAUACAAGACAAAACCAGGAAGAUGACCAACAGGAAAUCGAAAAACUAGAGAUACCAACAUUUCUUUUACGCUGAGUUCUAAAUAUUUAUAGUGCACCCAGUGGGGUUGCUAAGACACGACGAUAGACAAUUUUACAUAAGACAAUCGGAUAAAUACGGAACUUGUAAUUACUUGAAUACUUUCCCUUAAGGAAAGAUGCUUCAACAAAGCGGGUCAACGGCUUUAUACGUUUUAGCACACGAAACCGAGUAACGUUUGCAAAGGUAAAACCUUAGGUUGAUAUUUAUCAACAAACUGCUUCAAUAUAAAUUUUCUUUCGUUGUUAAACAGCUGGGUACUCAAAAAGUUUAAAAUAUUCGUCUCGUGCUGUUGCUAAAACUGAUCGUAGAAAAAGGCGUUAAAGACAUAUGCGGCGGCUUAACUAUUUUUCAUUAAACUAGGUUUUAAUGUAGAAUUUAGAGAGGUUAAAUUCAUCCAGUUUUGUUUACAAACUAAAAUGAGUUUUACG